GUGUUUUCUUUUUGUAUAUAAUCUGUUACAUUUGUAUAUAUUGUUCAGUUGUGUAAGUCGGAGUGUCCAGCAAAGAUGUCGGUCGUGGUUCUGUUUUGUAGUGCGUUCAUGUUAUCAUUUUUAAGUGUAGGUGCAACGUGUAACGCGACAGCGCAUUUGAACAGUACUGAGUUAGAAAUAUGUAGAGAUCAGUUUUCAUCAAUGUUAAUAGCCGGAGAAAUCGUUUUUCUGGUUGCGUUUCUCGUUUUGUGUCCUUGUUUUGUGGUCUGUGUAGGAUUUGGUACAGGUCCGCAAGAUAGUGACCCGGAGAUUUAUUCCGAAAAUAAUGUUACUGUGCAGAGGCGUUAUAGUGUUUAGUCCCCGGGGGGAUAGGGAUGGGGGGACAGCGCAGUUGUUGAGCUCAAUUCCUGGAGGAAAGGAUUUGUGAGGGGUCCGCAACAGCCGGAGGUGAGCGCCCUUCUCUCCGCCCCUCCACUUCCCCACCACUUCCCCCUCGCUACCCGUGCAGAGGACGCCCUCUGGCGCUGGAGCUGGAGAGGCUGGAGCUGAGCACUGCCUCGAUCACUUGACUACGCGAGCCCUGCAAGGAAGGAUCGUCGAGACGUUUGGCCAACAUGAGCAACUGUGUAGACAACUUGGUGGUUUGCGAGGAGAUGGAGCAGGUGGUUUCAAGGUGGGCACGGCUGAGUGCUAUAAUCCAGGACCGCUUGAGGGAAGACUACUACGGGCUGGCGGCCCACGAGGUGGAGGAGGCGGUGAGAAUCGUCACGAGUCCGGAGUGUUAUCAGAGCAUUACACGCUGUCCCCGUGCGGCUGAGGACCACCGCCACGACGAUGAGGAGGUCCGUCAGCAUGGUGAUGCAGAGCCGAGCAGUCGCAGCGGAGUUGUGUUAGAACAGGCCGAAUCCCGCUGUGCGAGGACACCCCGCCCCAGUAAACCCACCUCAGUUGAACGGUCAGAGGAGCAAAAGGAUGGUGUGAGCUCGAAGAGGAAAAGGUGUGCUUAUUGUGGCGUGACUACCCCCACGUACAGCAUGGUGAGGCUCCGGCCAUCUCCGUCAGCGCCCAACGCCAAACGCGUCAAGCUCAUCCCCUACCGUCCUCCCCCUUCUUGUUAUGUUUUUAAGAGAUAG